AUGGCUACGCAGGAGACAAACGCAGGCGAGAUAAUCUGCAUCCUUGAUGCAUUUGAUGAAUGCGGCAAUACCAAAAGAAGCGUCAAUUUAAAGUUCCUUAUUACCAGCCGCCCCUAUGACAUAAUUCGACGAGACUUGAUCAGACCUUUCGAUAUCCAGGAAUGCCCUAUAAUCCACCUGAAGGGCGAUGGAGAUGCCGAAGUAGAGGAGAUUACUGGAGAGAUUAGUCUUUAUAUCAAGGAUAGAGUCUCUCGCGUUCGAGAAAACCUUGGUCUUACGAGAAAGGAGGAGGAAAUACUUUUGCAAGGGCUAGGAGCUAUCCAUAAUCAGACAUAUUUGUGGGUUUUUCUCACCCUUGAAUGGAUUGAAACCGAAAUAAACAACAAGAUCAAUGAAGUCGCGAUACACAAAGUCACUUCUACUCUUCCACGGACAGUUGAUGAGGCUUACGACAAGAUUUUAUCCAAGAGCACAGAUGUGGAGGAAACAAAGAAACUGCUACAUAUUGUAGUAGCGGCUGAGCGGCCCUUGACACUCGCGGAGAUGGAGCUGGCUCUGGUGAUUCGACCGCAUCACCAGUCAUAUGAGGACCUAGCUCUAAGACCUAGCGAUCGCGUCAGCAAGUACAUCAGAGACCUCUGCGGUCUCUUCAUAAAUAUCACAGAUGAGAAGAUUUAUCUUCUGCAUCAGACAGCGAAAGAAUUUUUAGUACCCAACAAUAAGGCGAACAGUCAAGAAUACAACCCAGCACAACCAGGAGACGUUCUUCCAAAAGAUCGUAGCAGUGGUCUUACUUGGAAAUUCUCACUUAUACCAUCAGAAUCUCAUCGCAUUCUUUGUUUCACGACACUUAUGAUUGCCUCGUACUUUGGAAUUGAGAUGAUCGUCAGCUUACAGAUCGAAUCAGUCGGCGUUGAAAUAGAUUCUGCCGACAAAUCAUAUCAUCGUUCGGCGCUCUCCUUUGCAUCGGAGAACGGAUUUGAUAGUGUUGUGCGGAUGCUAAUUAAAGGCCACAAAUAUUAUGGAAAAAAGACUCUCAAAAGAGCGAUUCGCCUAUCCUACAAGAAAGGUGCAAGUGUCAAUGCAAUAGACAAAUAUAAUCGAACAGCAUUGUUUUAUGCUGCAUGGAACGGCCAUGUGCCUAUCGUUAAGAGGCUACUUAAAGCAAGAGCACGCGUGGACAUGGUGGAUACCAUUGGGGCAACACCAAUAUCUUACGCUCUUUGCUAUGGACAAAAAGACAUAGCAACCGAAUUGAUGAGGGGAGCACAGCCAGAUUCGGUAGAUGAGAUUCGCCGCAAACUGCUUUUGUCUGCCGUGAAGCACGGCCACGACCCCGUUGUAAAACGACUGCUCGACAGCGGGGCUGAUCCGGGAGCGGCGGAUGACAAAGGUGUCAGUCUUAUCGUUUUGGCCACCAAGCAGGGGAAAACGAAUAUUAUCAAGUUACUAAUAGACGGGGGAGCUGACGUUAACAAAGGCGAUCCUGAUGGCAAAACCCCUUUAAUUUUUGCUAUUAAGCAGGGAGAAACGAACAUUAUCAAGUUACUGAUAGAGGGGGGGGCUGACGUCAAUAAGGGUGAUCGUAAUGGCGCCACUCCAUUAAUUUUCGCCAUAGGCAAUUUCAAUACUGAAAUAUGUUUCUAUCUGGUUGAGAUGCUACUCGAACUCGGGGCGAGAGUGGACUAUACUUUCACGCUAACAUGCUACUAUUUCAUUGGUAGCAAGUAA